AUGUCGUCGUGGAACAAGCAUUACCACUGGAAAACCAAGGGCUGCACGCCUUGGGCCAAGAACCACAUCACCGAAGCCACCGUCGGCAAGUCGGUCGCGGUGGGCAAGAGCGGACACGUCAAGGUGGAGCGCCUCUCGUCGUUCGAGGGCGAUGUCGAGCUCGGCAACCGCAAGGGAAAGCUAAUCACCAUCUACGACUGCGCUAUCACCUACGCCUGGACGGGCGCUGCGGACGAUGGUACCGAGGCGAACGGCACCAUCACUUUCCCGGAAGUGAGCCACGAGAUCGAGGACGAGGGCGACGAGUACCGAUUCGAGACGGAAAUGUCCACCAAGUCGUCAGCAGAGACCAACCAGCUGUACGAUGCUGUGCGCAAGGAGCUCGCACCUUCACUUCGACCCGUCUUCCACGCCUUUCGUCAGAACCUCAUCGACGCACACGCUAAGGACCUCGGUCAUGACAGCCCGGCUUCCACCUCUGGUGCUGCCACGCCCACCGCCGCGGCCGCCCCAUCAUCCGCUCCUCCCACUGCCUCUGGUGCUGGUGCCUCAAAGCCGUCGAGGGGUAGCGUGUCGACCAGCUCAAGCGAUGUGCGCGUCUCGAGCGAGCUCGCCAUCAGCAUUACGGAUCUGUGGGACCUUCUCACCAACCCAUCACGCAUCCCCAUGUGGACGCGAGCACCAGCGCAGUUCGAGGCCAAGUCGGACGCUGACUUCGCGCUGUUCGGCGGCAACGUGACCGGCAAAGUGGUGAGCGUCGAUGCACCCAAGCAGCUUAUCCAAAAGUGGCGCACGCCUCAGUUCCCCGAGGGCCACUACGGCACGCUUGCUGUCAAUCUGACGGAAGGUGGGGAUUCAACCAAGCUCGAACUUGUGCUCAGCGGCGCACCCUCUGGAGAUGAAGAGAUCGUCGAAAAGAACCUCGAGACGUACUACAUUCGCGGACUCAAGUCGAUGGGGUAA